AUGACUAUCGAACAAAGCAAGCCAAAGGCAUGGUACGAGGACUUUCCCGAGCCAAAGACCAAAGCGGCCAUCAUGCCGCGGAACAGAGUGAUGCAGAUGCUCUCGUUACGGGGUGUAGCGAGCAUACUGCUGAUCGACCUCAGAAGGAUGGAUUUUGAGGGUGGCUGCCUUCGUGGUAGUCUGAAUAUCCCGGCUCAGGGCUUCUGGUGGAACAGAGGAAUGCUUUACGAAUUGGCAUACAAAGCCGACGUAGAGUGGGUCGUUUUCACAUGUGGCUCGUCAAAUGGCAGAGCACCUCGCUGUGCUGCAUGGUUCAAGGAGUUCAUUGACGCGGCGGGAGAUGAGCAGAUGCAAUCGAUGGUGCUUGAAGGAGGUGUCAAAGGCUGGGUCAAGAGUGGGCCACAAUUUACACGUCUAAUGGAUGGUUACAAGGAAUCGUAUUGGCAAGAUCUCUUCACCCAAGAAGAGGCCAAGAAGUCAGAAGCUCAGAGUACAACAGCACAGGGCGACAAGGACUUGGUUAGCCAGGGAGACGUGACGAAGUGA